AUGACGAUGACCAUUCAUCUAGGGAUUCCGUUUGCUCUCGCACUCGUGGUCUUCUCUUUGAUGUUCUUUCCUGCGAGCCAUCUUCGUGAGACUACAGUGAGCAACAUGGAGGGUGUUGAGUCAUCACAAGAUGAAACUGGGUCACUUCUCAGUGUCGACAGCGCUUCGAAUCGCGAAGAGACUGAUUUAGAGCGCACUGCUGGAGACCUGCUCCCGUCGCGAGCCGUCAUAUUCAGUACAUGUUUUAUCUGCUUCUUUUUCUUCCAGGUAGCAAGGGACUCCACGAACUAUUUGAUCCCUUGGGUAUCUUUACGUUUUGGAGAGACCAUGGCCCGGGCCGGGCUUCUGUUCUCACUACGCGCAAUCAUGUCGUCCCUUCUAUACUUCGUUAUCUUGCCACUUGCAACUUCUUGGAUAGACAAGAGUUGGCCAAGUGCAAACAGAGAUAUUACACUUUCUGCAUCUGGUGCUUUUUGCUGUACAUUGGGCACUCUCAUUGUCGCAGCCGCACCAAACCUUCCGACAGUUGCUUUUGGAUUUGCACUAUCGGUUCUUGGAUCAAGCAUGACCGUCACAUUGCGAUCUUUCCUUGCCUCAAAUGUGCAGAAUGCCUUUUCGGGGCGGUUAUUCGCGGGUAUCUCGAUGACAGGGACGAUUGGUAGCCUCAUUGGCAUGCCCAUCAUGGGAGCUGCCUAUUCUUUGGGCAUCAACUACAAUAUUGGGCUUCCUUUCUUGGUUUCAGCACUAUCGUACUCCCUCGUACUUGGACUCCUUGUAUGGCUUGCAUCGAGAUUCUGA